CACUCUACACCAUGAAGCCGCUCCCCCGCAUACUCACACGCCGCCUCGCCACCGCCCCCCUCCCCGCACUCACCCUCCGCUCUCCGUCCCCGCUCCUCCGGCCCCUCCACCCGCCAGCAGCGGCACCCGCUCCAGACGACUUUGUGCUCUACCCCAGCUUCCUCAGCGAGGACGAACAAGACGUGCUGGUCCGCAUGGCGCUCUCGAAGCUGGGCCGCAGCCGGGCCGGCGCCGCGAGGAGGGCGAGGCGGCAGAGGGCUGGCGCGGGUGUGGCUGCGGACGGGAGUGGUAACGGUCUGCAACGCUUGUUCACGGGCGAGUACGCCUUUGAAGAGGGCCACUACGAUUCUGUCAUCCACGGCUAUCGCGAAUCGCUGCUCUCCACGCUCCCCCCUUCUCCGCACCCUCUCCUCGCCCCUACUCUUCGUCGCAUAUACUCUUUGUUCUUCUCUUCCCUUCCCGCUCUUCCCCACUCAACCACACACACAGAGACACCCCUCCCGCCCGCAGGAACACUCACCCACAUCCUCCACCUCUCCCCAACGGGCGCCAUCCUCCCGCAUGUCGACAACCUCGAAGCCUCGGGCCGGGUUAUUCUCGGGGUAUCGUUGGGUGCCGAGAGGACGUUGAGGUUGAGGCGCAAGCUGCGGGACGGCGCGGGGGUCGAAAAGGGGGAAAGCACAGGAGAAAAAGGCUGGGAGGUGAGGUUGGGUAGCGGUUCAGUCUACAUCCAGCGCGACGCGAUCCGGUACGGGUACGAACACUCCAUCCUCCCGUUUGACGACCCGUCUUCCAUCUGGGAUGGGGAGAGGCUAGAGCCGGGACAUCGGAUUAGUAUCAUGAUUAGGGACGUGCCGCCCAAACCUGAUCUCUGAGUAGGUCACUUGGUAGUAUUUGCAUGAAUUGCAUUAGAUU